UGGCAUGGAAUAAUAGGCGACAGCACAGAAUAAGGAAAGUAUUCCUAACUUUCAUUUUCUCUCCAAGAAUUCAUACACAAAAAUACAUUAUAUGAAAGGAUGAAAUGGAUAUCUGUCAUUAAGUUGACAUCAUCAGUGUAUAUGUUUUGUGGCUCCAAUCCAAAUAGACAUCAAUGUCAAUCUACUUUUCUGUCUCCUCUGUACCGUAGUCCGUAGUGGAGUGCUGAUAAAAUUAGUUGAAUUUUUAAAAAUAAAGUGAAAUGGGUUUCGGGGACUAUCCCGCUGAAUACAAUCCAAAAAUCCAUGGUGUUUAUGACCCAGCACGCUAUUACGGAAAGCCUGAUACUCCCUUCGGUCAGGUCAAGUUAGGCGAGAUUGGAUCCUGGUUUGCUCGCCGCAACAAGACUCCGUCUGCUAUCGCUGGAGCCUUCAGUCGUGCUUUUUGGAGAUGGCAACAUAAGUAUGUACAGCCCAAAAGAUCUGGAAUUGCUCCAUUUUUCCAUGUUGUUUUUGGAUCUAUGGCAGUUUUCUAUAUGUUAAACUACGGAAAAAUAAAACACCAUAGGAAUUACAAAUACCACUAAACAGUAAUUGCCUGAACUUUUAAGUAGCAAUCUUGUAACAUUGGAAUAAAGCAUGUAACCACAUUUUACUUGAUAAUAUACUUUUGCUUGUAAAUUGUAUUUUACAUAAUUUUUUGAAACCACCCCCGAGAUGAACAAAAAAAGUUUAAUAAUAUACCAACAACAUUGUUUGUUCAUUUCUUGAGAAGAAAUACUGCCAAAGAAUAGAU